CACCCAAAACGUUCUCCAUCUCUGCGAUCUAGGGUUUUUGAGUUUCUCUUCAUUCCUCUCUUUCUCGAUCUCCAAAUUCCUAUGCAAUCUCCAAUUUCUCUCCAUAUUCUACCAGGAUUCGUUUGAUUUUUCAUCAAAAUCGUUUUCUUUGCUUAUUAAUUCAAUCAAUUAGGGUGUUGGCAAUUCAAUAAUGAUAAUCUCUUUCGUAUUUCGCUUCUCAUCGUCAUCGCUGGUCACGAAGCUUCGCAAUCUUCGAGUUCUCGGCCCUGGUUUGAAUCCCUUUGCUCCCUACAACAUGGCCAAUCACUCCUCUCGUUAAUUGUUUUUGCCACUCUUUUUUUGCGUUUUGUGUUCUCUCAACCAUGUAAAAAAAAGCCUUGAAAUAUCUCAUCUUCAGAUCUUAUCUAUCGCUUCAAGUUCUAUCGAUAGGUUGAAGUUUUAUCGAUUAAAGUUUUAGGGUUUUGUGUAGUGAGUUAAAGAUAAGAUCAGUCUGGCUGUUUAAAUCUGGAAAUUUGAGGGUUUUCUUUGAAUUUGGAAGCUUCGUAGUUUUCUGGGUCUUUUUAAUAUAUAGGAACAGGUAUGCCUCAGGACGACCAGUUGGGUUUAACUCGCCGGAGCAGACGCGUGUAUAGGUCUGGGGGCGACAGGGACGAUCGAGGUUGGACUCUGCUUCAUAUUGGUGCCCGAAAAGGUGAUCUCAAGGAGGUUAAGCGCCUUCUCGAUCAAGGAAUGGAUGUGAAUGUGGCUGCGUGGGGCGGCAAAUCACAAGGGGUUACCCCUCUUCAUCUUGCUGCAGAAGGCGGCCAUGUCAAAGUUAUGGAUGAAUUGCUUGAUCGUGGUGCUAACAUUGAUGCCCGAACUAAGGGUGCAUGUGGCUGGACUCCGCUUCACAAUGCAGCCAAAGAAAGAAAGAAGCAAGCAGUUAAAUACCUAGUAGAAAAUGGGGCAUUCUUGCCAGAUGAUAUGAAUGACACCAGGUUUAAUCCGCCACUCCAUUAUUGCCCCGGUCUUGAAUGGGCUUAUGAUGAGUUGAGGCGUAUCCAGCAAGAGAGCACGUCAUCAAGCGAGGCCUCUUACAGUUCCGAAAGUUGAGGCCUUCUCAGUCCCCCUUCUCCAACAAGACAGCUCAUCAUCAAGCGAGGCCUCUUACAGUUCCAAAAGUUGAAGUCCAUCUCAUCCCCCACUUCCUGUAUUACGGAGCAUCUUUCAUGCUGUGUCUUAUAUUCCUGUUGCUUGACAACGGACAUUGGAUGUGUUUGCCUUCUUUAUCUAAUCUGCUACUGCUGGAUCUUAUUUCGUGUAGUGUUUGGCUUUAUUUCAUCUGCUACUUCUGGAUCUGAUAUUGUGUGGUGUUUGCCUUUUUUUUUCUCGUCUUAUAUGUUGAUGACAGUGGAUCAUAAAUAAAGAGUGUGUUCAGAUGGUUGUCUUUCUCUAA